UGUGAGGGGCUGGUGACCGGGCUGGUGACCAGGCUGGUGGUCGUUCCCCAGGUGUGGCAGCUGUCAGAGAGGAUCAGCAUCAAUGUGUGCUCGCUGCUGGACUGGAAGCGCUGCGUGGCCGUGCACCUCUGGUACCUCCUGCCCCCCACUGCCUCCAUCUCCAGGGCUCUGGCCAUGUACGAGUCAGCCUUCCAGAACACCUCAGAGUGUGAAAAAUACGCCUGCUGCCCCCUGCCCCCUUACCUGGAGGAUUCCGGCUGUGUCGUUGAAGAAGAUGACAGUGCAGGAAGGCCCCUGAGAGAUGUCUGCUUCCAUUUGUUAAAGCUCUACAGCGACAGGUGCUAUGACCUUGACCAGCUGCUGGAUCCCAGGAGCGUCACGUCUGACCCGCUGGAUUUCCGCCUCAGCUGGCACCUGUGGGAGGUGCUGCGGGCCCUCAACUACUCCCACCUGUCCCAGCAGAGCCGGGGGGUGCUGAACACCAGCUUUGCUGCCCAGCUGGAGAGCGAGGGGCUGUGGGAGUGGGCUGUGUUUGUGAUGCUGCACGAGCCUGAUGCGCAGUGCCGGGAGAAGGCCGUGCGGGAGCUGCUGAGCCGGCACUGCACCCUCGCCGAGAGCCCCGAGUCCUGGGCCAAGGAGACCUUCCUGACACAGAGGCUCUGCGUCCCCCCGCAGUGGAUCCACGAGGCCAAGGCCGUUCGGGCCAGGAUGGAGGGGGACAAGCACAAGGAAGCCCUUUUCCUGUUCAAGGCUGGGCACUGGAACCAGUGCCACAAGCUGGUUGUCAGGCACUUGGCCUCAGAUGCAAUUAUCAACGAGAACUACAAGUACCUGAAGGGGUUCCUGGAAGACCUGUCCCCUCCGGAGCGCAGCACCCUCAUCCAGGACUGGGAGCUGGCAGGGCUGGUCUACCUUGACUACAUCCGUGUCAAUGAGAUGCUGGACAGGAUUCAGCAGCUGGAUUGUUCCACCUUCGAGCUGGAGCGGUUACACACCAAAGUGACGUCCCUGUGCAACAGGAUAGAGCAGCUGCAGUGCCACAACGCCAAGGACCGCCUGGCUCAGUCGGACAUGGCGAAGCGCGUGGCCAACGUGCUGCGGGCGGUGCUGAGCCUGCAGCAGGGCCCGGGCCCGGCCGAGCCGCGCGUGCCCCCCCUGCGCCUGCUGGCCCCGCACAUCGGCCGCCUGCCCAUGCCCGAGGACUACGCCCUGGAGGAGCUGCGCGGGCUCACCCAGGCCUACCUGCGGGAGCUGGCCGUGGGCACGCCCUGAGCCCCCCAGGACGGGCAGGAACGGGAGAGGACUGACCCGGGACGGGCCGGGACGAGAGGCUCGCGUUGUCCCGCUCGCAUUCCCGCCCCAGCAGGCCCGGCCCCGGCGCCGCCCCGGGGCCACGGAAGGUCUUCAAUGCAUGAGGAGUAUCGAAAGGUUUUUAUUAAAAAGUAUAAAUAAAUGCUCUAGAUUA